AUGUCGUCCCCGUUCUCGAUAAACGGCGGCGCUGCCGUGGCCAUGGUGGGCAAGGACUGCGUCGCCAUCGCCUGCGACCUGCGCCUCGGCAUGCAGGCCCUCACCGUCUCCAACAACUUCCCCAAGAUCUUCCAGUACGGCGACGUGUUCCUGGGCCUGACAGGACUGGCCACAGACGUGUCGACCGUGUCGGACCUGUUCCGCUACAAGGUCAACAUGUACCGUCUGCGCGAAGAGCGCAACAUCUCGCCCCAGACCAUGGCCAACCUCGUCUCGUCGUCGCUGUACGAGAAGCGCUUCGGGCCCUACUUUGUCAGCCCCGUCAUCGCCGGCAUCAACCAGACCACGGGGAAGCCCUUCAUCUGCGGCUUCGACAGCAUCGGGUGCAUUGACUUUGCCAAGGACUUCAUCGUCAGCGGAACCGCGAGCGACCAGCUGUUCGGCACAUGCGAGGGCCUGUGGGAGCCGGAUCUGGGCCCAGACGACCUCUUCGAGACCAUCUCACAAGCGCUGCUGAACGCCGUCGACCGCGACGCACUCUCUGGCUGGGGCGCACACGUCUACAUCAUCGAGAAGGACAAGGUCACCAAGCGGUUACUGAAGGGCAGGCAGGAUUGA